GUUUCUCUCUCUACCCUCAUUUUUCAAAUUUUCCCCCUCUCUUCCUCUCCAAUCCUCUCCCCUCUCUCUUCUCCGCCGCCGCCGCGUUAUCGUCGCCGGCCGCCGCCCCUCGUAGCCGGCCGCCACCCCCGCCGCCGCCGGCUGCCGCCGGUCGUUUUCCGGCGACCUUCCGGUGGGUUUCCGACGACUUUUCGGCCAUUUUCUGGCGAGCUUCCCGGGUCAUUUUUGGCCGCCGUCUCGCGUCCCUCACCCGUUUUUUGAGCCUUAGCUACAGUUCUACUUGCGUUUUCAGGUGUGUUUCUUGUUAACUGCUCUUUCCUGGAAAAUCGAACUGUAGAUUGUAGGACCGAGAACUGUAUUUGCAUGCAUGAUUUAGAAAAGGGUGAGGGAUGCUUUGGGAAUGCAUGGUUCUAUCUAUGGUGUGUGUGCUGCCCGUGUAAUUAAUGUGGUUGGUUCCGUGUUCCUUGCCUUGAUUCCGGUUGGGUUGCUUGCGAUUCAACCGCCUGUGCUUACAACUGUUAGCCUAGGUGCUCCUUAAGUGUGGGGGAAGUGAUGAACCCAUGCUUUGGUCCUGACAAGUCUUUUCUUGGCUCCACCUUUGGUUGGUUGAUUUUGCAGGAACAUGUCCCUCGACCAUCAGUUUGUGCAGGGCCUGAGCCUGCACCCAGAGUACGCGGACCAGUUCCGCGCGGUGACUCGGGGGAAAUUGGAGCGCCACCACCAUCUGGAGUGGGCAGUGUUCGAGCAGCUCCACUGCAUGCAGGAGCUCACUGCCGCCAUCAGCCACCGCGAUUGGCGGACGCUGCUGGCUAUCAACGAGCCCACCUACACUGAGCUGGUGUGGGAGUUCUACACCACCUUCAAGUACGACAGCAAGGCGGCUCAGGACUCCUCUGCAGUGAGAUUCAGGCUAGGUGGCUAUCCCCGGGAGCUGACCAUUGACGGGUUGGCCUCCGCCUUGGGGAUCCAGUAUCACCCAUCUUCCCGCCACGUGAUCGAGGUCCCGAAUCCAACAAACUGGAACAUGGAUUUGUUCUACUCGCAGAUUGCCCGACGCACCUAUGCGUUUGACUACUUCGACGCUGGCCAGACAUACGUCCGGACCCUCAAGCCGCAGUGGCACAUCCUGAACUUGCUCAUCACCCGCUCCAUUGUCCCCAACGUCACCGACUCUCACAAGAUUCCGAAGCGGGUGCUCUAUGCCAUGUUCUCGAUGCGGGACCCGGAUCACAUGCUGCAUUUGGGUUCCUUCGUGGCCACCACCUUCUCUCGAUGCCAUGGGAAACCCAACCAUCUCAAUUGUGGUUCCCUGAUCACCCAUCUAGCGCGCCAUUUCAACAUCAGCUUCCAGGGGCUCACAGAUUCUUCUGCACGGGGCGGCUCCACCCCCCUCAGCCGGGAAGUGCUCCACAAUGCACUCCUCCUGGCCACUGAUGGCACCCGCACCUGGGUGUAUAGGCUUUCCCUGCCUCCUGAUGAGGAUGUGGAUCUCGAUGAUGAUGAGGAGGACGCUGACUAUUCUAGCGCGGAGGAGGAUGAGGAUGAUGAUGAUGGCGGGGCCAUGGAUGCCGAUGAGCCGGAGCCCCCGCUCUCUCCACCAGGGGACCUUCGGCCACGACGGAGACCGGAGCGAGGUAAGUCCUCCUCCGGUCCUUCUGGUCCGUCGAUGGCUUCUGGCCCGUCGAUGGACUUCUUCACGGAGCAGUUCCAGCAGAUGGGGCUCCAGUUCCGGCAGCUCGGUCUUCAGAACCAGCAGCUCAUGGACCAUCAGGUCCAGUUCUACCAGCAGUAUUCGGCCCACCAGGCCGAGUACCAUUCCAGGCUGACGGUUGUUGACGAGCACCUCGGCCGCUUAGAGACCCAUAUGGGAGUCACGGGUGCUCUCAUCGAGCGGGAGAGAGAUCGAGGCCGCUGAUUGAUGGAGUACUCGGAGCACCUGCUCCAGGCUUGCCACCCCCCAGAGGAGCACCACUAGACCAUCCGGUGGGAUCAUUCACCACCACCACCAGAGGAUGGAGACGACGACCUCAUGAACCAGAUCGACUUCACCGGUCUAGGAGGCGGCUCCUAGUGCCAUGUUUUGAGUGUGUUUGUUUUUGUCAGUGUGCAAACUGUCUUGUGUUGGUUGAGUUUCUUUCUUUUUAUUUUGGAUGUUGUACUAUUGGGCUGACCAUUAGACCUGACGUAUUGUGUUUGAGCUCUUUGGUUUCCUUUAGCUAUGCUUGUCUUGACUGGUCCUCUCUCUAGUCCGCUUCACUCCGACUGGUCCGCUUCCAGUCUCCUGCAGUCUGUGCAUACUGGUAACAUCGUUCCCAUUUUCCUUCCCUCUUCUCCAUUGAGAGCAAUGUCGAUCUUAAGUGUGGGGGGAUGUUUAUCUUUUGACUGCGUUAGAUCUGUUUGUGUGCUUGGAGCCUAGUCCACUGUCCAAAUUUUUAAAUUUGAGGGCCCCAAGUACGUGUUCCUUGCAAUUGCCUGCUCAGUAUGCUUUGAAUUGACAGUCUCUAUAGUAAUGUGCUACCUAGGGAGGUAGUGUAUCACUAUGGAGGAUGUUGAUGCAUUUAAGAAGUCACCUUUCUUCUUCAUAUUGUGUUGGUUGAUUGUGCGAAUUAGUGAUCUUAGGACUCUUGAAUUGUGUGGUGAUGUGGACUCUCUACCUGUCAUGGACUCCUGUAUCAUGUUUUUGAAAUAAAAGGUGCUCGAAAAU